AUGGAACUCCUUUCCUCUAAAGGCAGAUUAAUUCCUAAUUACAACUGUGACAUUCAGAAAUAUCCAGUAGCAAUAAUUGGAGGACCUGACAGUGAUGUAUGUCUUCAUGUGGCCAUCAUUCUACACAUCUACAAAUUUCCUCAGUUUAUGUAUGGCUCUGCUCCAGUGACAAAUAAGGACAAAGAGGCUGGUUUCUAUCACCAAAUGUUUCCAAAUAUGGACCUUCAUUAUGAGGGAAUCCUUCAGCUACUGCAGCAUUUUAAAUGGACGUGGAUUGGGAUGCUAUCUAUGAAUAAUCACAAUGGGGAGAAGUUUGUACAAAAUGUGGUUCCCAUGUUUGCCCAAAAUGGGAUCUGUUUUGACUUCAUUGAAAAAUUCCCAUUUGCUUCGUAUUUGACUGAUAUUGACAAUAUGGUAGAAAGAGGGAUGAAAAUAUACCACACUAUCAUGAAAAGCAUCGUCAAUUCGGUGUUAGUUCAAGGCGAAAUUGAAAAAAUGAUAAUUUUGAGAAUGUUUCCCUCAAUGUUAAAAUUUGAAGAUAUACCAUUACCAGGAAAUAGUAAAAUCUGGAUUAUGACAGCCCAAAUGGAUUUCACAUCUCUUCCUUUUCAGAGAUGGGAAGACCUAGAUUUUCUCCAUGGGGCUCUAUCCUUUGCAGUUCAUUCAAGAGAGGUCCUAGGGUUUCGGGAAUUUCUUCAGACGAUAAAACCAAACCUCAAACAAGAAGAUGAUUUUAUUAGGGUUUUCUGGGAAGAGGCAUUUGGAUGUGUGUUCUCAGGCACCUUAGUUGACGAGAAGACCAACUCCAGGAUGGACAGUCAAUCGAUUUGUACUGGUGAUGAGAAGAUAGAGACCCUCCCUGUAUCCGUUUUUGAAACAGACAUGACUGGCCACAGCUAUAGCAUCUACAAUGCAGUCUAUAUUUUGGCACAAGCAUUACAUGUUGCUUAUUCAACAACCUUCAAAAAUAGAGCAAGAAUAGGCAUUGUAGGAUUUACUGAACUUCUCAAACUACAUCCAUGGAAGUUCAAUCAAAUUGUAAGAAGCAUCUCAUUCAAUAAUACUGCAGGAGAAGCACUGUCUUUCAAUCAAAAUGGAGAACUAGAGGCUGGAUUUGAUGUCAUCAAUUGGGUCACAUUCCCAAACAAAUCCUUCUUGAAAGUCAAAGUUGGUGGAAUAGGAUCUGUGACUUCCCAAGAGGAUAUAUUAAAAAUUGACGAAGAAGCCAUCGUUUGGCCAAGCAGGUUUAACCAGAUCCGGCCACUUUCUCUGUGUAAUAACUAUUGCCCUAUGGGUUACGCUAAGACCAAAAUAGAAGGGAGGCAAUUUUGCUGUUACGAUUGUCUUCACUGUCCAGAAGGGAAGAUUUCCAGUCUGAUAGAUAUGGAUGACUGUUUUCCAUGCCCAGAAGAUCAGUAUCCAAACAAGGAACAGAAUUCAUGUCUUCCAAAAACUGUAACAUUUCUGACAUAUGAGGAAACGUUGGGGUCCAUUUCGGCCAUUUGUUCUCUUUCUUCCUCUUUUAUCAUAGUGUUGGUGCUGGGUAUCUUCAUUAAGUACCAGGAUACGCCCAUCGUCAAGGCCAACAACCGAAACCUCACCUACAUCCUUCUCAUUUCUCUCCUGUUUUCAUUUCUUUGCGCUUUACUAUUUAUUGGCAAACCUCAUAAAGUAACAUGUCUCCUUCGACAAAGUGCUUUUGGUGUCAUUUUUACUGUAGCUGUAUCCUGUGUGUUAGCAAAAACUAUUGUGGUGAUUUUAGCUUUCAUGGCCACCCAACCAAAGUCUACUAUGAGGAAAUGGGUGGGGAAAAGAUUGGCCAUUUCCAUUGUAUUUUUCUGCUCUUUCAUUCAAGUAGUUCUUUGUACUGUCUGGCUGUUGACUUUUCCUCCAUUCCCUGAUUUCAACAUGCACUUAAUGGCAGAAGAAAUUAUUCUGGAAUGUAAUGAAAACUCUUUUCUCAUGUUCUAUUUUGUCUUGGGCUUCAUGUUCCUUUUAGCCCUUGUCAGCUUUACUGUAGCUUUCUUUGCCAGGAAAUUACCAGACUCUUUUAACGAAGCCAAAUUUAUCACCUUCAGCAUGUUGAUUUUCUGCAGCGUUUGGCUCUCCUUUGUUCCUAGUUAUCUGACUACAGGGGGCAAAUAUAUGGUGGCUGUGGAGAUUUUCUCCAUUAUAACAUCCACAUUCCUAUCAAUGCUUUGUCUACAAGGAAUGUGUCACCAUUCUCAUAGUAAAUGCAGCACUACAGAUCCUCUGCCUCUUCUCCACAAGCAAUACCAGUCAGGGGACAUCCACUUUGCUAGCAUCAUUUCUCAGAUCUUCCUGUUUUAUACAAUGAUGGACUUUAAGGCACCUCCUUCUAGCAACCUCUUUGAGGAAAGCAGAUUAAUUCCUAAUUACAACUGUGACAUUCAGAAAUAUCCAGUAGCAAUGAUUGGAGGACCUGACACUGACGUAUGUCUUCAUAUGGCCAUCAUUCUACACAUCUACAAAUUUUCUCAGUUUAUGUAUGGCUCUGCUCCAGUGACAAAUAAGGAGAAACAGGCUGGUUUCUAUCACCAAAUGUUUCCAAAUAUGGACCUUCAGUAUAAGGGAAUUCUUCAGCUACUGCAGCAUUUUAAAUGGACGUGGAUUGGGGUACUAUCUGUGAAUAAUCACAACGGGGAGAAGUUUGUACAAAACGUGAUACCAAUAUUUGCCCAAAAUGGGAUUUGCUUUGAUUUCAUUGAAAGAUUUCCCAAAAUUUCUUAUUCUACUGACAUUCUUACUAUGGUGAAAGAAGGGAUGCAAAUGUACAGCAUAGUCAUGAACAGCACAGUCAAUGCAGUUUUAAUUCAAGGUGAAAUUGAUAUAAUGAUAAUUUUGAGAAUGUUUCCCUCUAUGUCCAAAUUUGAAGAGAUACCAUUACAACUAAAGAGUAAAAUCUGGAUUAUGACAGCUCAGAUGGAUUUCACGUCUCUUCCCUUCCAGAGAUGGGAAGAUCUAGAUUUUCUCCAUGGGGCUCUAUCCUUUGCAGUUCAUUCAAGAGAAGUCCUAGGGUUUCGGGAAUUUCUUCAGAUGAUAAAACCGAACUUCAAACAAGAAGAUGAUUUUAUUAGGGUUUUCUGGGAAGAGGCAUUUGGAUGUGUGUUCUCAGGCACUUUAGUUGAUGAGAAGACCAACUCCAGGAUGGACAGUCAAUCGAUUUGUACUGGUGAUGAGAAGAUAGAGACCCUCCCUGUAUCCGUUUUUGAAACAGAGAUGACUGGCCACAGCUAUAGCAUCUACAAUGCAGUCUACAUUUUGGCACAAGCAUUACAUGUUGCUUCUUCAACAACCUUCAAAAAUAGAGCAAGAAUAGGCAUUGUAGGACUUACUGAACUUCUCAAACUACAUCCAUGGAAGUUCAAUCAAUUUGUAAGAAGCAUCUCAUUCAAUAAUACUGCAGGAGAAGCACUGUCUUUCAAUCAAAAUGGAGAACUAGAGGCUGGAUUUGAUGUCAUCAAUUGGGUCACAUUCCCAAACAAAUCCUUCUUGAAAGUCAAAGUUGGUGGAAUAGGAUCUGUGACUUCCCAAGAGGAUAUAUUAAAAAUUGAUGAAGACACUAUCAUUUGGCCAAGCAGGUUCAACCAGAUCCGGCCACUUUCUCUGUGUAAUAACUAUUGCCCUGUGGGUUAUGCUAAGACCAAAAUAGAAGGGAGGCCAUUUUGCUGUUACGAAUGUCUUCACUGUCCAGAAAGGAAGAUUUCCAAUCUGAUAGAUAUGGAUGACUGUUUUCCAUGCCCAGAAGAUCAGUAUCCAAACAAGGAACAGAAUUCAUGUCUUCCAAAAACUGUAACAUUUCUGACAUAUGAGGAAACUUUGGGGUCCAUUUCGGCCAUUUGUUCUCUUUCUUCCUCUUUUAUCAUAGUGUUGGUGCUGGGUAUCUUCAUUAAGUACCAGGAUACACCCAUCGUCAAGGCCAACAACCGAAACCUCACCUACAUCCUUCUCAUUUCUCUCCUGUUUUCAUUUCUUUGUGUUUUACUAUUUAUUGGCAAACCUCAUAAAGUAACCUGUCUCCUUCGACAAAGUGCUUUUGGUGUCAUUUUUACUGUGGCUGUAUCAUGCGUGUUAGCAAAAACAAUUGUGGUGAUUUUAGCUUUCAUGGCCACCCAACCAAAGUCUACAAUGAGGAAAUGGGCGGGGAAAAGAUUGGCCAUUUCCAUUGUAUUUUUCUGCUCUUUCAUUCAAGUAGUUCUUUGUACUGUUUGGCUUUUGACUUUUCCUCCAUUCCCUGAUUUCAACAUGCACUUAAUGGCAGAAGACAUUGUUCUGGAAUGUAAUGAAAAUUCUUUUGUCAUGUUCUACUGUGUCUUGGGCUUCAUGUUCCUCUUAGCCCUUGUCAGCUUUACGGUAGCUUUCUUUGCCAGGAAAUUACCAGACUCUUUUAACGAAGCCAAAUUUAUCACCUUCAGCAUGUUGAUUUUCUGCAGUGUUUGGCUCUCCUUUGUUCCUAGUUAUCUGACUACAGGGGGAAAACAUAUGGUGGCUGUGGAGAUCUUCUCCAUUAUAGCAUCCAGUGGGGGGCUCCUUGUGUGCAUCUUUUUCCCUAAAUGCUAUAUCAUCAUACUGAGGCCUGAGUUGAAUAGCAAGCAACAUCUAAGACAAAAAAAAUAAUUAAACAACUCUAUUUCCUGUUUUUAAUAUAGCAAUACAAAAGAAGUAAGGCCCCAGAGUGAAGAUAUACAACCAAUUCCCAAUUUAUAUGCCACCCUGAGUCUUUGGAGAGGGCGGCAUAUAAAUUAAAUUAAUUAAAUUAAAUUAAUUAAAUUUACCUGAGGAACAAUAAUCAUCUUAAGUGAGCCUACUUACUAUUUUGGGGGUAAAUGUACUGUGUUAAAGCCUAUAUUUUUCUUAGCUUUAACUUCCUUCUUUUAAGAAUGUUUUAAAAUUCUUAACAAC